AUGAAUCAAGUAGAUGAUUAUGAUUAUUUUUGUCAUAGUUGUGAAGAUGUAAAAAGAACUAGUGAUAUAGAAAUUAUAUAUAAUGGUGAAAUAAAAUGUAAAUCUUGUAAUAAUGUAGGGUUUGUUGAAAAGAUUGAUGAAGAUGAUCCUUUAAGUUUUCAUUCAAUAAAUGCAAACAGGGAAAAUAGGGAAAAUAGAGAUGUUAGAAGUAACGAAAUUAACAAUAAUACAAGCAAUAUUAAUAAUAGAAGUAGUAUAUAUUCGAAUACAAGCAAUAACAAUACAUUUGUUACUAAUGAUAAUAUUUUUAGUGAUCUAAUGUUAUUUAGAAAUAUGUACCAUCAGAUGUUUAAUCCAUCUUUUAGAACUCCAGAAACAGAAGUACAUUUUACUGCUAGUGUAUCAACCUCAAAUAACGAAAAUAUAAGCAAUGAUAGUUUAAAUAAUGAAAAUAGAAAUAAUAGUGAUACUAGAAAUAAUAGUGAUAAUAGAAAUAAUAGUGAUAAUAGAAAUAACAGUGAAAAUAGAAAUAUUAAUAACAAUAAUGAAAAUAGAAAUAAUUAUGGAAGAUCUUAUAGAUAUAGUAGAAGUUCUAGAAAUCCUCGAAUAAUUACAAGAGCUAUAGAUAUAACAAAUAUUCCUUUCAAUUCUCCAUUACGUUUAAAUUUUCAUGAUUUAAUAGAUAAUAUAUUAACUAACUCUUUUGAUAAUAUUUCGUUAGAUCAAGUAUUAACUAUUAUAAUGGAAAGUGAUCCAUCUAGAAAUGGUCCUCCACCAGCAUCUGAAGAAGUUAUUAAAAAUUUAAAAGUAGAAGUAUUAACAUCUGAAAGAGCAAAAGAAUUAGAAUCUUGUGCUAUAUGUAGAGAAGAAUAUAAAGAAAAUGAUGAAGUUCAUAGAAUUACUGAUAAUGAACGCUGUCGGCAUGUUUUCCAUUGCUCAUGUAUUAUACCGUGGCUAAAAGAAAGAAAUUCGUGUCCAACUUGUCGCUUUGAAUUACCUACAGAUGAUCAAGAAUAUAAUUGUAAGAGAGAAGAAUUGAGAGAAAGAUUAAAUUCAGAAAUUUCUCGUAAUAAUUCUCUUAAUAAUUCUAACAAUAUAAAUACAAAUGCAGAGAGUAAUAAUAAUGAAAAUAUAAAUUCGACUGAAUGUAGUAGCAGGAAUGAAAAUAGUGCAUAUAGAAAUGAAACUAAUACAAUUAGGAAUGAAAAUAAUACUAAUAGAAAUGAAAGUAAUAACAACAGAUCUGAAGAAACACGUUAUCUUCCAUUCACGGAUGAAUAUGAUAAUAAUAUGUUCGACAGUUUUACAUCAGCUCAAACUAAUUCUAUUCUACAAAAUUUUUUUAAUAAUUUUAUGUCUAGCACAAAUGAUGCACAUAGGAUUAAUAGAAUAUUUUUGUCACCUAAUUCUUUUUCAAGAAAUACUAAUAGAAACGUAGAUGCAAGAAAUACGUAUGAACAUAGUCAGGAAAGGCAAAAUGAAAAUUCUUCAGAGAGAUUCACAUCAACUGAAGAAAAAAGUGAAUCAAAAAAAAAUGACAAAAAUGAAAAAGGUGAUGAAAAAAAUGACAUAAAAAAUAGUCAUCAAAAUGAUAAUGACAAUAAUGAUAAUGAUAAAAGGAAUAAUGAUAAUAACAAUAAUAAUGGAAAUAAUAAUAGUAAUAAUAGUAAUAACAAUAGUUACAAUAAUAAUAAUAAUAAUAAUAACUAUAAUAGUAACAGUAAUCAUAAUCAUAGCAAUAAUGAUAAUACUGGUCAAGAUAACAAUUAUAAUUAUAAUAAUAAAGAUGACUAUAAAAAUAAUAAGUUAAAUGAUAAUGAUAUAAAAAAUAGAGAAAACAAUAAUAUUCACUUAAGAGUAAAAUUAAGAGAAAAUUCUAAUAGAUCAUUUUUGACUGAAAAUGUUUUUGAUACUUCUAGUAAUUAUGUUAACAAUGGAAACAAUAUCACAAGUAAUAAUAGAUCAAACUUUUUUCAACAUUAUUUUAAAGAUUUAGACAAAGGUUUUAUAGAUUUAAGUAAUAGGAAUAAUUCUAAUAGUAACUUUAAUAAUAGUUUUAUUAAUAGAAAUGAUAAUUAUAACAAUAAUAAUGAUAAACAAAAUGACAAUGCAAAUUCUUUUAAUAAAAAUGAAAGUACUUCUAGAAAUAUUAGUAAUAAAGAAAGUUUAAACGUUAGUGAUACUUUAAAAGAUCAAAAUAUAUCACACGAUUCUAAUAAUAGACAUAAGAGUAUAUCAAAAAAAAAUGAAAAAAGAAUUUAUGAAAAAUUUUAUACAUAUACUAAUGGAAGUAACAGUAAUAGUAAUACUAGAAGAAGUCGAGAGAGUGAUAAUGAAAAAGAAAGUAGUAGAAAAAAAUCAAAAAACUUUGAACAUAUGGAUAGCUAUAAUAGUACUUCUAUAGAUGUAAAUAAUUACAGUGAUAAUAAAAAUAACACAAACAAAAAUAUAAAUCAUGAACAAAAAAACAAUGGAAAAAAACCAAAUACAGUAAAAAAGUACUUUUUUGAUAAAUUACAAUGGCUAACAAAUUACGAUAAUAAAGAAAAAAAAAAAAAUGAAAAAAUUCAAGAUUCAAAUAAUAGUAACAUUAAUCAUGAUAGCAAUAAAGAUAAGAAUCAAAAAGAUGGCAAUGAAAAUGUUUUAGAUUUUCAAAAUUUUGCAAAAAAAAAUACAACAUAUUCAUUAAAAAAUAAUAUAAAAAGAGACUAUAUAUAUAUUAAUGAUAAGAAUAAUGACAAAUGUGUAGAUAAACAUAAUAAUAAAAGUGAAAAAAUAAAAAAUUCUACUAAUGUUACUUCAAAUGAAGAUUCUCAAAAAAAAAAUGAUAAUAAUAUAUCAGGUUUUAAAUUUUCGUGA